UCAGCAGAAGAACCAAGGGCAUACAAAGCGAUAGCUAAUCUUUUUUCUAAUGGAAUACAUUGCCUGUAUGUAGUAUCACGUUUGCCAAUGUUUGUUAGCUCAUUACAUACAAUUUUCGAAUGAUUCCCGACUCAUUCUGAAGCUCUCUUUGAAGAAUUGGUCACUAUUGAAAGCAACGUCGAGCUCCCAAAAAUUCCCGUGCCUUUCCUACAAUACAACGUCAAGUGGGAAUUUUAUAAAAUGAUGUAAUUGCUUACGUGUUUCCACAAACGUUUUGGACUAUUGUUAUUUAUUACAAAAACCAAUAAAGAAUUUUGCAUUUUUAUCUCAGUUAAUAUUUUUUCCAAUCUAAGUUGUCGUCUUUUCCGUAUUUCUGCCAACUUCUUAUUACUGGCAGCAAUCUGCAUAAUCAAGUAUACAAUCGCGUUCUUUUGUUUUUCUUCCAUAUCUUUAAUUUUUAUUAUUUUUUCUUUUUUAGUUCACGAGUAAAAAUAUUGAUUCACGAAACUUUACAAUUCACCAAGAAGAAUACAAAUACAACAAAUUUGACAGUUGAUAAUCUCAUUUGCCUAUGUAAACGGGUAGAUUAUUGAUGCCCUCAUGCCCUCACAAAAGUCACCAACCUCACUACAGUGAUGUUUCUCACUGUAGUGAGGGUUACCUUAUUCUGGCGAAAAUUCAAAAGCUCAAAUGCUCACUAUUCUCACAAAUAUCUGUGACGUGUGAAAGCAGGCAUCAUAAUACAAAACAUCUAUGUUUGUUUUGUUUUGCAUAUUUGACAUUUUUUAAAAUAUUGAGAAUUGAGUGUUAUUAGCAUGGAGGAACUCUUAUUUGUAUAUGCGGCAAUUGUUGAGGAGGAGGAAUCGGGAGGUAGGAGAAAAAUUUUAAAGGGUUUGCGAGACAAAAGCGAUCCCUUUACUAUGCAAGACACUGCAUUUAUUAACACAUUUCGAUUCCCAAAAUCGCUAUGUAAAUUGCUGAUAAGUGAAUUGGAGCCGCAUGAUGUGCAGAAGUCAAAUAUUCCUUUUGAUCUGCGUUUCCUGACGAGUUUAUAUUUUUACGGGCAUGGCUCUUAUCAAAAAUGCGUUGGUAAUAAUUAUAUGCUCUCUAUGAGCCAAUCCUCAGUAUCAAGAGCUCUGCACUUUAUUUCAAAACUAAUUGUUGAUGUUAAGGGAAGUGAAAUUUAUUUCCCUUCAAGCGCGCAGGAUGUGUCAGAUGCAAAGAAGGGAUUUUACACGAAAUUUGGGAUCAAGGGCACCAUCGGCGCAAUCGAUUGUACCCAUAUUGGGAUUGUUUCACCCUCAAGCACAGACGCCACUACUCCUCUCUCACUUUUUAUGAACCGGAAAGGAUUUUACAGCCUUAAUGUAGAAGCAGUUUGUGAUCAUCGACUUCUGUUCACCGCUGUCAACGCGAGAUAUCCCGGGUCUUGCCAUGAUUCUGGUAUUUAGACCACAUCCCCAACAUGUAUGCACCUCACAAAUACCUAUAACACGCAAAGUGAUUCGUGGUUGUUAGGCGACCAAGGAUAUCCAUUGGAGCCAUGGGUGUUAACGCCAGUCGCUGAACCUUCAAACGCAAGGGAAGUGCGUUACAAUAAGUUGCACGCCAAAGCACGUAAUACCAUUGAAAGGGCCUUUGGUGUUUUGAAGUCACGAUUCCGGUGCCUCUCAAAACACCGCAUUCUUCAUUACAGCCCUGAAAAAGCGCCUUUGAUUAUUUACGCGUGUACAAUUCUUCACAACAUAUUACUGAAGCAUGGUGUGGCUGCAGACCUUGGCUUCGAAGAAGUUUUAGAAGAAUCACAAGACACCGAAAUUGUUUUCGAAAACUCCAAUUUUAGGGAGGGUGCUAGAGUAAGAGAACGUUACAUUAUGUCUUU